GGAGUCUCGAAGAUGAUUCGGAACCACAAACCCGGGUGGUCUUCCCGCACACAUCGGAAGGCCACUGACGAUCCAGCCACCAACGUCUCCCGACUCCGACGGCUCAGCAUCAUUGCCAAAGUAUUUAACACGUUUGGUUAUUCCGUACCGACUGCCUGGGACCUCUCUUCUUUUUCAUCAAUCAUGUUGAACCACUCGACAAAACCUCAGCAUGACCACCCUUCCCAUAACCCCCUCCCUCAUCCCCCGCCUCACGGGAAGAACAGCCCUCAUAACAGGCGGCUCCUCCGAAAUAACCCUCUCCACUGCUCUCUUGCUGGCCGAAAAAGGCUGCUCAAAAGUCAUCAUCCUGGACCCAGAACACAACGACUCUUUACUCACACCAGAUCCAGGCAUACCUUCUUGCCUGGCUUUUCUGAGAGUUGACGUCAGGAAUUGGAAGGAGCUAAAAGCUGCGGUAAAGGGAUGCGGAAAAGUUGACUACGCGUUUUAUGUCCCAGGGCCAGAGAGGAUUCUCUUCGAGGUUGGGGGUGAAGGUGAUGAUGAUCGGGAAGGCGAAAACGGGGUGGGGAUGGACUGGGCGAGGGAGGUGAGGACUGUGGGUGACUUUGUGAAAGUUUGUUGGGCGGUUAUGGCCCGGUCGGGUGUUGGGAGGCUGGGGGAUGAGAAGGGGAAAGGGGGGAGUGUGGUCAUUUGUGUACCGGGUGGUGCUGGGGGUUACAUGUCUUGUCAUGUGCUGCCUCCUGUGGGGAUGCCUGGGGAGGGCGUGAUGGAUGGGUGUGCGGGUUCUGCUAUCCUAGGAAUGAUACGCUCGCUGAGGACGGUUGCUAUUCAAGACGGGGUAGCUAUCAAUGGGGUUGCUGUUGGCCCUACGUUUCCGUCUACUUCAGAUGCGAUGCCACCAACGACACCGUUGCCUCCUUUGACACCGGGUGUUCAGCUGGAGAAGCUUCCCGUCAAAACUGCCGAUGAGAUUGCCCUUGCACUUGUCUUUUCGGCCACAGCGACACAAAAAAGGAAGGUGGAAGUGUACGGAAAGGAGAAGGAUUCUGAUCUGUUUGCUGGGAAGAAGGAGGACAGGAAGUGGAAUGGGAGAGUCAUCUUCACAACAGGGACAUCCCCAAUGGCGUACACAGAGGUGGAGGAGGGGCUGGCUGAUUUGAGAGGGUGGUGGCUGGGAAAGGAGAAUGUGAGGAUGGUAAGGAUGCAGCAGGUGAUUGGAGACUUUAGGCCUUUCGAGGUGGAUCACAAACGGGAGCCUUGAACCUGUCCGCAAAACAUGAAUACCCACGUAACUAAGACCUCCCCGGUGAAAGGCACAGGCUACUUUGGGUAUACUUCUGAAGCGAGCCCAGUCGGCCGUCUCAUUGUUUGACACUGAAAUAGACGAAACAAAAACACCGAUCAUGCAGGAAUAUCCUUG